AUGCUGCAGAUGAGGAGCCAGGACCCGCGCCAGUUUCCAAGCGUGCUUCUUUGUUGCUUUCGCGUGAUAUUGGAAGUGCAGUCGGUGGCACGGGAGAGCCGGCAUGAGUCGCUACGCCGUGUUGCAAAUGAGCAUUUAGCUGUGAAUGAUGAAGAACUUGAAGUGCCUAGUGAAUGGGAUGAUUUGGACUUUUCUUCCAAGGGCGAUGCUGUAGCAGCAAACGGUGGUCUCAGUGUAGGCCAGACGGCCAACACAGUUGAAUAUGCGUGGGAUGUGAGCCCAUUGCCUCUUGAAGCUGCCCAGCAAGCAGGCAUUUUGUCUGAUGAUGAACUGAAGGCUUUGGAGGCCCAGCUGUGGUUUCCUGAAGAACGAACAAGCCAAGUUGAUGCCAUUGCAGACAGGUUUGAGGUGCAAAGGUUGAUUCGCAAGCGAGUUCUCAAGUGUGCCGGGUUGCGAGGUGAAGUGUCCGAGGAAGGUUUCAAGCGCUUGUCAACGAAAUUCGUGAGGACAUGGCGCAAGAAGGUUAAAGGCGGUGUUGAAAUGGUGUUGAGACGGUCAAGGUUAUGUGCACGGGAAUACAAAUGGCUAGAGGCCGACCGCCUUGACAUUUUCAGUCCUGCCAGCAACACUGCCGUGUCGAAGCUUUUGCCGUGGCUGUUUGCUCGGAUGAAGAAUGCUGAGAAGGUCCGAGCAUCCAUGCCCCGUGAUUACAGUGAUCAGUUUGAGUAUGAUUUCGAGAUGUGCAUCCCGGGACAGCGGGACGGGGCUUUGCGCUGGAGAGAGCGUCUGAUCAACUAUUUGCGUACCAAGUUUGAAGUGAAAGUGUGCGAAGCCUGCCCAGCGUUGAUCUCGAUUGAUGGGCAGAACUGCCUUCUUCAUGUGGACGAUUUGUUCAUUGUGGGCAAGCGAUCGUGGCUGCUCAAACACUUUGUGCCAGCACUUGAGAAGGAGUUUGAAUGCUCAUGGACGAUCGCCUCUGAGGAAGGAGAGAGUGUCAGUUUCUUGAAGCGCACACAUCGCGUUACCGAGAGUGGCGUGAUUGUUCAAGCACAGAGUGAUUUGAUCCACAAGAUGUGCGAGGUGCUUGGGUUGCAUGAACGCAAGACUUCAGCUGUUCCAUGUUCGAAAGACAUCCUCAAGGUGUCUGGGAGUAAGCUGCUUGAUGCUGAGGGUGGAAGUACUUUCAGAACCGCCAUAGGCAUAGCGAUGUACUUGUCAAAUGAUAGGGUAGACUGUGCCUUCCCGAUCCGCACCUUGGCGCCGCGGCUCACGGCACCGACCGAGGACGACUUGAAAGCAGCGCGGAAGCUUGCAGCAUACCUUCGCCGCGCCGCAGGUUUUGGAAUCCACAUUGUGCCCCGCGAGAAAGGCUACAGCUUUCUUGAUCAAGGACCGUCGAGGGAUCAGCAUGAACAUCUUCUGGAGGUGUGUUCGGUCAGCGAUUGGAGCGGCUCACAGGCUGCAUGCUCAGCUUCGGUCAGUGCGGAGCUCGGGGACAGUGCGAGCGCAGACGAUGAUGAUUGGCUGUUUGUUGGCAGCCACCCGUGGCGGCCUGGACGAGCUGCCAUGGUGACCAUGUGGGCCUGUAUUGGCCUGCUCAUGCUUUUCACUUUGGGAUUUUACCUCUUGAGCCUUGGGUCAGUGCUAUGGUUUGGAGAUGAGCCCAUAACGACUAUUGCUUCAGCGAUGAGUGUACAUGCAAUGCUUGAACAGAGCAGUGUUGAAUGCUACUGCGCAUGCGAUGCGGAGACACGUGACACAACGAGCGCUACGAAGCUUACAAUUUUCUCAUGCUGCGUUUCUGCUUUGCUUAUGUGGUUGCUUUGGCAAUACAUGGUGCAGGCGCGAAGGCUUGGAGAGCUUGAGCGCAGAUGCAAAGCGCUUUUAGAUGAUCGCAGCAAUGACCGCAAUCAGCUGAAGGAGCUUCGAGAUGAAGCCCGAAGGCUGAGUACAGAGAAUGCUUUGGCACAGCGAGCUUACUAUGAGCUCGACCACAGCAGAGGCACUGAAGCGCGUGUGGUUUCGAGGAUUCCACAGGAGAUAUGUGUAUCUGCCCAUGGUGCCGAGGUUUGGAGUCUCGACUACUGUGUAUUCGAGCUUGGUGUUUCUUUCAUGGAUGUUGCAACGGGAGCUGCGCAGCCCGCCAAGGGCAAGGCAGCCCAAGCUAAGGGAGCAGAGCAGCCCGCAAAGGGCAAGCCAGCUCCAGCAGGCAAGUCCGGAAAAGGAAAGCCUGCGGCCCAGGAGCCUGCCCAAGGCUCUGGGAAAAAGAAGAACCACCGAGGUGGUCGUUCGGAAGCGGCCCGCGCCACUCGCGAGGCCAGAGGCGCCGAAAGGCGCGAAAGAGAAGGUACAGACCCGGUCGUCCUCGUAGAGGGCCCGGCGACUGAUAUCCCAGAGCCGCGCACCCCGGAGCAAGCUCCUGCGGGUGCCGGCCAGGAGAUUCAGAGCCCGAGCUCGGAAUCCUCCUUGGACACCGCGGCGGUGCCCAAGGCGCCAGUCUUCACAGGCCCCGCGCCUGGCGAAGACACUCCAGACUUCGGGGCUGGGCAGGAGCAAGCAGCCCCGGUGAGCGGACCCACUGGCCGCCCCGGAGGCAGAGCGGGAGGCCACGCCAAGAAGCGCUCCAGCAGCAAAGGCUCCAACGGAAACCCCGAGCUGGCGGAGCAGUACGGAGAAGCCCUGACCUUGCUGGACGAGAUCAGCCAGCUUCGACGCUUCAAGAGACGAGCCAGCAACCGGCUUAUCCGCCCCCGCAGGGCUGCAAUUGGCGAGCUGUCGGCCCAAAGACAACAGGGCCUAGCUGCAGCAGCCGCUACGGCGGCAGUCGCCACGGCGGCACCCGGGCGGGACGACUGGGAGCGCUUUGCUUUUCAAGCAGAGACCUACCUGGCGGUCGUAGAAGUGCGGACCCGUAGCGUCCGCCUCUUCGGCAUGCUGGGCAGCUGGACCCAGGACUCCGCCACAGCUGUAAAGCUGGAGCACAACCCAGAGAACGAGUCCAAGAACCUCACCUGGAGGCGGACCCUGCUGAUGCCGAAGUUCCCGCCAAAGGAGAGCGACUUCUCCUUGGCUCUGCAGGAAUGGGAGGCAGACGUGGACCGCUACGCCUCCGAGUAUGGCGCAGGGCGCCCUAGCAGACGAAGAUCUGCGGGCAGUGCUGGUGACCGAGAGCCCCAACGCUCUUCGGCAACACCUCGCUAUGCACGCGGCGAGUCUUUCGACUUACGCCGAGGUGAGGGAAGUAGUGGUGAGCUACUUGCAAGCCAAAAGGGUCUGGACCCCGAGUGCGGGCUACGCCGCCUCUUCCCGAAGGGACCCUAA